AUGUCAGUUUCUCUACUCCCAAUCGAUCAACUUUCAGUGAAUAAAGCUUUCCAAAUUCACGCCAGCUACUUCAAUCCUGAAAAGGCGAUUUCAAGAAGAAGGGAAGGGAGUACUACUGCAAGAACAAAGAAGAAUUACUAUGAGUUGCUGGGAGUUUCAGUUGAUUCCAAUACCCAGGAAAUUAAAGAGGCCUAUAGGAAGUUGCAAAAGAAAUAUCAUCCUGAUAUCGCUGGACAAAAGGUGCUUUCGGGCCAUGAGUACACCAUAAUGCUGAAUGAAGCCUAUGAUGUCCUGACGAUAGAGGAUCUUAAGACGAAGUACGAUGCUUCCAUUGGCCAUAUGACAAUGCAGUUUGGGAAUAACAACCAUGUCGUGACCGGUUCCAGCUCAUGGAAAGGGCCAUUGAGACCCCAAGCUCUGUUUGUUGAUGAAAAUGCUUGCAUAGGUCAAUCUCACAGCCCACAUACAAUUACAAAUGCAUGA